AUGAUCAGAGGCUUGCUGAUAGUAUGGUUUUGGACACUGGUGAACGCAGAGAACUGGGCAGUGCUGGUCAAUUCCUCUCAAUACUGGUACGACUAUCGGCACUCGUCCAAUCUGCUGUCAAUGUACCAGACCCUGCGUGGCCAGGGUUUCAAGGCCUCGAAUAUCAUAGUUAUGAAUGCGGCCGCCCACGUCUGCGACGCUCGCAAUGUAUUUUUGGGCCACCAGUACGCCCUCCCGGACCAUAAAGUUAAUUUAAACAAGGGGGUUCCCACCGACUAUCGGGGCAAGCAGGUUGGUGUGCAGCAGGUGUUGGACGUGCUUCGAAACCGUCAUGACGGUGCAGUGCCCAACAGUAAAAGGCUAUUGGGCGAUGCAAGGUCGAAAAUAGUGCUUUAUCUGACCGGCCAUGGGGGCAAUGGCUUUUUGAAGUUCCGGGAUCGCGAGCUGCUGUUUGCAGAGCAACUGGCUGCGGUAAUUGAUGAGAUGUAUUUAAAAAGCCGCUACUCCACUAUGCUGAUAUUGUCUGAUACAUGCCAGGCAGAGACGCUGGUUGACAGAAUUCGCGCACCCAAUGUCUACACGUUUGCCAGCUCACGCCGUGGCGAGAGUUCGUACUCAUUGAUCAACGAUUCGGAUCUGGGAGUCGCUCUGAUUGACGAGUUCUCCUACGCACUUGCUUGGUUAUUAGCGCAGCCCAAUGGUUCAAGCAGGUCCAUGAGUCAGCUUGCAUCGGACUGCGGUGAUGCUGUUGAACUGUCCACGCCGGUGCUCCGAGGACCAACACAAGACAUUUUGAUGAGUGAUUUCUUUUCUCAGGCCAGCCAGCCAAUUCUGAUGGACGAUCUAAUUGUGUAA